GAGAAAACUAGAGCACCCGGAGAAAACGCACGUGAUCACAGGGAGAACGUGUCGCCUCUGCACAGUGAGCGCUCGUAGUCAGGCUCAAACCCGAGCUUCUGGCUCUGUAAGAAUUACUGGAAGAAAAACAGAAGGACAGUAUCAAGAGUCUAACUCGGGAUUUUGUUGGCCUGAAUUUGAAGCAUCAGCCUGACGAUGAAUGACAAGUGUGCUAGUACUUUUACAGGCCUGGAGCCUCUUCACUUGCUUCGCAUCCUGCAAGCAUGCUGGACAAAGAGGGAGAUUCAUGAGCUCCCGGAAGAAGCAAGGCGAGGAUUUGCCUCCCUCGCUGAUCCUUUGGAGGGUCUCCUGAUCAUGCUGGAGAACUGCAACGACUGGAAAAAGGGAAAGAAACAGUCCCUGGCACAUUAUCUGAUUGACCAGUUUAAUAGUUGGAUAAAAGACAAUGCAAGCGCCCAGCAGCCAUGCCAGAAGCAAAACCUGCUGCAGGCAAAAGUCUUCGCUUUGCUCACCGUGGUUCCAACCAAUGUGCUGGACCCGCUGGUUUCCCUGUUCGAAGUGGAUAAAGCUGAUACAUCCUCCCUGCUCAGCCUGAUUGAGGAUCUGUGCAUCAAGAACAAGUAUAAGGAGGCGGUGGUACUGAGUAUAAAGUUGAAUCUUCAAUCACAUCUGAACAUAGAGGAGAUGUGCAUUCCCCUGCUCCUUCAGGAUGAUAUGAGCCUGGUGGAGGUGUACGUGGAUGAUUAUCCAGAGCUGCAGGGACGUUUGCUACAAGCACUGGAUUCGUUGUGCUACCCAAUUGAUAACACAAGAAGCAUCCAAAGGCAUGAUGGAAAACUAUCACGAUUGAGAUGCGAUAAACUAAAUUAUAAAGUCUUAAGUAAAUUGGUGUUCAGACUAAUGGAACGUUAUGGCCUUGGCACAGAGCUCUGCCCAAACGUGGUGAAUCAACAUUGUUUGGCCUCCAUCAAAUACCUCUUACAUAAACACUUUGUGGAGAAAACUAUAACUGAAGAGAAUUGGGCUGAACACAUAGAGGGUUUGGUUGGACAGAACACCUGGCUGCAGAUCCAGUUUAUAGGUUUACUGGGAAAGUACACUGAUCUGGACACAGUGGCUCACUGGGCCUUGAGGCUAAAUGUGCCACAAGAGAAAUUACCACAACCUGUCGCCAAAUGGCUUAAGCAGCUGGAAAAAGACAAAGGUUACAGAACUGGUUUAGAGAAGAGUUUCAAAGUGCAGAGUCUCGAGGAGAAAGAGAAAAAGAGGAACUUCUACCAGUUACCAAUUCCCACAGAGAGUAUCCACAUUGUUGAGCAUCUGGAACAAUUAACGAGCUGUGCAUCUCGGGUACUGCAGGCCGGUGGUGUCGUGGGCAUUGACAUGGAAUGGAGGCCAACGUUCACGGCCUGGACCAAGGCCCGGGUGUCCAUCCUGCAGAUCGCUUUGAAGGAUCAUGUCUACCUUCUGGACCUGCCUCAGCUGGUGAAGGAGUCAGAAUCUCCUGGCCGUGAACUUGAGUUUGCACAAUUCAUACAGUCGUUGUUUAGUAACAGAACUAUAACUAAACUAGGUUAUGCUUUAGCGGGGGAUCUGCGUUCUUUGUGUACAUCGUACCCUGUUUUGAAGGAUGUGGCCCAGAUCACAGCUGGGAUGCUCGACCUCCUAAAUAUGCAGAAGGAGCUGCUGAGAGCACCAGUUCACAGACAGGAUUACAGGGAAGCAGUGGAUGUGCUUGCAUCAGUCGAGAACGGUUUGGACUCUGGCUGCAGACAGCGGGAAAAGGGGCUCAGUCUCCUUGUGCAGUAUGUUUUGGGGAAGCCACUGGAUAAAACGGAGCAGUUAUCCAACUGGGAGAGACGGCCUCUCCGGCUUAAGCAGAUCAUUUACGCAGCGGCCGAUGCAUACUGCCUGUUGGAUCUUUAUGAGGUCUUACAUCAGGAGAUGGAACAUUUCAGAUUGAGCCACAGCCCCGAAAACCGUUUGAAGUCAAAAGUGGAGAAGAAAAGGAAGGAAAAUAAACCAAAGCAAAGCAGGAGCUGUGCCAACAUCCCCAGCCAGGACAGGCAGUCAGCUCUGGAGCAGAUACCACCGUCCUCCCCGGUGUCGCCUACGGAUUUCAGAGUCAUCUGCGACAACAUGCUGCAGGGGCUCGGCCGAUACCUUCGUUGUGUCGGAGUUGAUGUGAAGAUUCUAGCAAAUGAAGACGAUCACAGGAUGGCUGCUGAGAUUGCCCGUGAAGAAGACCGAGUUAUACUGACCUGUGGUUUACCCUUCCAGACGCUGCGUUCCCAGGUGCAGGAAGGCCGAUGCCUCUCUGUGAAUUGCUCAGAUAAAGCCAAGAAUCAGGCCAUUCAUGUGUUGAAACACUUCAAUGUGCAAGUCACUCCAAGAGACAUCUUCAGCCGUUGCCAGCUCUGCAAUGGGUCUGAGUACUUGAAGCUGUCGGUUGAGGAAAUGGCACAAGCUGUACAGUUAAACGCUGCCGCAGGAAAGACGGAGACUUCAGAUACUCCAUCCACAGAGAGUGUUAAGUUCCCCAGUCAAGGCAAACACAAGGCCCUUCCGCAGAUUGAUCCUGGCUGGCCUGGCAUCUGCUCGUACUCUCCCAAUUGCCACUGGGCAGAGAGAUCAGGGUUGAACAUGAAGACCCUAAAGUUUACCAGUGGUGCAACUUUGCAGGUGAGCACCAUCCCACCUGGUAUUUUGGACAAGGUGACCAGGUUCUACUGCUGCACCACCUGUGGUAAAGUGUUCUGGGAAGGUUCCCAUUUUCGGCGUGUGCUAUCACAGUUCCAAGAAGUGCUACGCAUUACCAAUGAUUCAUCAUAUCUCCAAAUGUAAUCCUCCUUCAUAUUGUGCCAGAUGUUUAUUUGUAACCCGAGUACCAGCCUUCAUCUUCCAUAGAGAAAAUGCACCUUGCCAAAGCUCAUUUUUGGGCUUGCCUGAUCAUCAGUCAUCUUCAAGAAUUUCAUCAAGUUGGUCAGACCACAGCACCAAAAAUCUUCCAUAUUCUGCCCCAUCUUUUGGUGCAUUCAAUCCGAGCUCCAUGCCUUCCCAUCGCUGGUACCCACAUCUUCCUGUUUUCUGCCCUGUCCAAUUGAUCUACUCUUCCCUGAGCCACUGGUACACGUCUUCCGAUCUUACUAAUCCCAACCCACCAAGUCCAUCCAAACCACUCAUCAUUAUCUAAACCAAACCGUCCACCCAACUAAACAGCUGAGUCACUCAAUCACCCGCUGACACAACUUGCUCUGUCCCACUGACCUCUACUUCACUUUCCAAAUGACCCAACUUGCCAUGUCCCAUUGUCCAACAGCUCCCCCUGCCCCAAACCCUAGACCCAACAUAUUUUGUCCUGCUGUUCGCUCCUCAUCUUCCUCCUGAGCUAACUUGCCCCACCCAGCCCAACAAGCUCACUCAGCAUUGUAUUGUUGACCCAAUCCACCAUUGAGCAGAUACAUUUUAUCCUUAUUCCACUCCCCAUCCCAUUCUCCCCUCUCCUGCUCCACCUCACUGUUCUCCCUGUCACAUUCUCCCUAUGUCUUACUCCCCUGUCCAUCCCACUCUCUCCAUCCUGCUGUCACUCCCCCACUCUCCCCAUCCGGCCUCUGUUAAAUUAUCUGUUAUUUAAUAAUCUCACAUUAAACUUUAAAUCACACAUUUUAAAUCCAGCUGCUCUGCUGCCAGCUCCUGUUGGAGGUGUUGCAAGUUUUAAAUAGAUUUUCCUUUUUACUGAAGUUAUUGUACUGCAUUUUUACCAAUAAAGGAAUUACCAAAAA